AUGACAAGCUCCUGGAACGAAACCACGCUCCCAACCAUUCUGUCGAAUUACAAAUUGGAGGACACUUUCAACGCAGACGAAUUUGGUUUGUUUUACCAAUGUCUUCCCGAGAAAACAUACCACCUCAAAGGAGAAAAGUGUUCUGGGGGGAAGAAGAGCAAGUUGAGAUUCACUGGAAUGGCCGCAGCAAGUGCUACUGGAGAAAAGUUGCCAAUGUUCGUCAUUGGCAAAUCAAAAAAACCUCGCUGCUUUAAUAACAUCAAACAUCUCGCUUGCCAAUACACAUCACAAAAGAAAAGUUGGAUGGAUAGUGAAAUAUUUGAAAACUGGGUCCGGAAACUGGACCAAAAGUUUCGUGUAGACGGGAGAAAAAUCGUUCUUAUAAUCGACAACUGUCCAGCACACCCAUCGAUCUCGAACUUAACAAACAUUCAUCUCGUUUUUUUGCCCCCUAACACAACGUCUGUGUUGCAACCGAUGGACCAAGGUGUCAUACGAAGUCUAAAAGCGCAUUACCGAAGGAGAGUUGUACGUUUGCUGUGCAGUGCUUUGGAGAACAACAAACCUUUGCCAAAGAUUUCAAUUUUAAGCGGAAUGAAGAUACUGGCUGAUUCUUGGGAGGCUGUAACUAAACAAACCAUCAUCAAUUGUUUUAAGAAAUCUGGAAUCUCUUCUACAGGACAACAGGAUGCUAUUGCUGAUUCGGAUGACCCAUUUAAAGAUCUUCAAGAAAGUUUGGAUGAUUUAAGAGAGGCUGAUCCAUCAUUGGUACCAAAUGAUCUCAGUGCUAAUGAUCUUGUGACCUUGGAUGAUGAGGACGACGAAGCUGAAGACGAUGGCAGUGACAUGGAGGAUGAUUCAUUUGAUAUAGUUGUCGAAAAACCAUCAAGAUCAAAAGUCGAGUGUAGUAUUGAUCUUUUGAAAGAUCUAGCAAUGUGUUGCGAAAAAGUGAAAAUUGUUACAAAUUUGACUGCGAAAACAGUGAAGUUGCCAAUCCAGUUAAAUGUUCUUUUGUCGUACGACAGUUGUUUAUAA